AUGCCGGUGGGGCUGCAUCAGUUCAGACUUGGAUCUCGGUCACUAAGGUAUCUUAUUAUCAAAACCAAAUCAGCAAGGGGUUUUGCCAUUGGAAACCACUGCCACCGGGGCAGCGGGUCGAAUACCAAGGAGGUGGUCGAACUGGCCUGGCAGGCCCGGUGGGAACAACAGAGAGCUAGUCAACAAAGUACUACUCGACAGAGGGUAUUAAACAGGAGGAUAGCCGACGAAGACCCCCCAGCCCUCUUAUUUACCGACAAAGCUCUGAUGAGACACGAAGGUCUUACAAAGGCGCAGAGCUCCCUCCUUUCCCAGGCCCGUAUCGGGGAUAUAGGCCUCCGGGACUACCUGUUCAGGGUGAAAGUCCCGGAGGUCCGCACCCCCUAUUGCGAGUGCGGGAGAGGCAGGGAGACGGUGGAGCACUUGGUGGUUUGGUGCCCCGACCCGCCGUUACAAAGGCCGUGGGACGGCAGAGAGAUUCGGUCACAUCGGGACCUACAAACCGUAUUACGGGGAGUAGGUGCGCGGAGCAGAAGAUUUGUUAGGAAGGUCCUUGGCUGGCUGAUGGACUCUGGCCGGCUACUGGAGUACAGGCUGGCCAGAAGGCUGGAGCUAGAAACAGUGGAUGGGGAGGGCUAG